AGCAAGGAAACGGCAGAGCAAGAGAGAGAAGCAGCUCCUUUACUCUGAGAAAGCAGCCAGCUGAUCACACAAGAGGCAGAAUGAAAGCCUUCCUCCUCACCAUUGCUGCAGUGCAGAUUCUCCACUGCUCAGGAGUACCAAACCCUGAGGACGCUUUGCGGGCAGCUGUUAUGAAGCUGAAUGAAAUAAGUGAAAUCAGUCACCUUUGCCGUACCAUCAGCAGCACAGUGAUAGAUCUUUCUCCCACUGGAAAAUUCUCCUACAACGUGGAUUUGGCAUUUUCUGUGAAAGAAACCGUCUGCUCCAAAAAUUCUGGGCUCGAGUUUGAUGAUUCUAGCUGCAGUUUCCGGCCCACAAAGAUUGCUGAGACAGCUACAUGCAGGAGUCGUGUUAAAUAUUUAGCUGAUGAGGUACUCGAUGUUGAUGUUGAAUGUCAUGGCUUCAAAAAGGCCAGGGGCAAUGGAGACUCGCUGGAGAGGCAGAGGAGUGAAAGUGAAAUACGCAGAGGCAACAAAGAGCAGAGUGACAUUUUUCAAGGAGGGAAGGUUCACAGCAAACCCACCAAAGGCAGAAAAGGCCACAGAAAACAAUCAUCAAGGGCCAGUCAUAACAGAGGAUCAUCAGAAUUGACUAACAGCAGUGAAGAGCUGAAAAUGACAUCAAGGGAAUCAUGGAUGGAGGAAUCUCUAAACGAAUAUGAUGAUUCAAGAUUCCGACACUAACCCAAGAUAAAUCUUCUGGAACGUUAAGCUUGGUGUGAACACAAGAAGACCUCAUUUCGAUUAAAGAAGAUAUUAUCAUAUAUUGUUCAUAUAUCAGGAAAAACAUGUUACGACAACAAAAGUUUUCUGCGCUUUGUAUAUGGCCUCAUCUGUGUAUUGUCUUUCAUGUUAAUGCUCAUAUGAUGAACAACACGAUAAAUGUUCCCUGGCACUCUUCAAACUGAUGUUACUUUUCAUUUCACUGGUAAACUUAGGAAUUCUAGUGCGGAGAGUGAGCAAUCUGCCUGCCACACAAUGCCAGAUUUCCUCCGUUUAACAUGCUCUACUAGGUCUUUCGCUACAAAAGAACAGGAGUGGGGAGAAGGACAAUUGAAAUGGGGAACUUCACACUUUAUUUCCCCAGUAUGGAAAUUUGAAAAUGCCUGCACGGCGGAAGUGAAUUGUGAAAUUAGUGCCCUGUAUCAUGGGUAGAAGUUGAACAAAGACUUUGGCUGUGCCCUGUCUUAUUGGAACCACUUCUCCUAAAAUUGGUGUUAAGUCCCAAUCAAGCCUGCUGUGCAACUUGUCUCAGUCUCCAGAUUUGCAGGGAGGGAAUUUAUAAAAACAGAAAACUCAUAGCAGGUUUGGGCCUGCAUGAAAAAUGAAAAGACAAUAGUUUUUUGUCUAAGUGGUCUCUAGGAGUUUCUGUGGGCAAUUAGUUCAGAAAACAACGUACAAAAGAAUGGGAGCCCUCUUUUCCAAUGAGUAUCGUGUGAGAGGUAAAGUGGCAUUACCAGAAAGUUGACAAAACAGCCCUCGCUGUGGAAAGUCAACACGCUCAGUCCAUGUAGCCUCAACACAGCAGUCAUUGCAAGCGAGGGUGCAGUGAAAGGAUGUGGACAGAGUGGCGGCGAUCAUUGUUAUUUACCCUGUUAUUUGUUUAUGCUGCUCUUCAGUUAUCUUCGUCAGAUGCAUAUUUAGAAUUGGACCUCUCUAUUCUAUCCCCAAGUGCAGGAGUUGAGACUUCAGAUGAUUUACUUCUCCAAAUCCACACUGUUCCACUGUCAUAGUGCAGUGUGAGAGAGAGAGUUAGCCAAUUACCACCAACCAUCAUUUAGGAAAAGAAAAGAUGCCUUGAGACCAGUUAAAUAACUAAGGAGAGUGCUCCCUGUUUGUUGAAUUGUUCUGAUCACAUCUAUAUUUUUUUAAGGCAAUCUACUCUGUUUAAUUGAAAUUUGAUCAAUAAAUUGAUGAUUUUAUGACUCAUAUAA